AUGAUGGACACUCCAAAAGUUCCCGCUUCAAAUCCCUUGAAGCGGAAGCAGAGCCAUGAUGGAGAUGAUCGGGCUCCUAGCCCCGCUAAUGCUCCAUCCUCGAACGCGUCGUCAGUAGGCGGCACCGACAACGCCGCAGAGACCGCUUCCAUUCACGAUGCAUCCGAUUCGCAAACCACGGAGGGUGGAACAACUACAAAGAGGAGAAAAGGGCAAGGAAAGAAAUCGGCUGCCUCGAACCCACGAUCCAAAGCUCCGAAAAAGAGAACUCCUUCUAUGCCAUGGCCAGACGAACUUAAACGCCUAUCGCAGACUCAUCGCGCUCUGAACCUCGUUUAUACCUUCUGCUGUACGCGAAAACACUUCAUCACGACAUUUGACAAUAUCAAAAAAGCUGUUCAGGCGCAGCUCGGCCAAGGUCGAGAACUCACAGUCGAGGAUGUGGCCAGGGUCAAGGUGUUGGUCCCUCGGUCGGUGCGGUUCGAGUAUGUCGAUGAGGCUCGACUAGAGAUCAUGACGGUUGGCGAUAGAGAAAGUGUGGAUUAUGGAUCACGAGGGGUUCACAAUACGCUCGCUACCGAGAUGACCGAUAUUGGCACACAUCAAAAUGACGGAAGGAAGGACGUUCUUCUGUUCGAAUUCGUGGAUGGUGACCUUAAGCGGGAGGUACAAAAUCCUAAGACCGGAGAGCCGUCUAAACCUACACGUCGCAUGAAGGAUGAGGACUUGAAGAUGCCGGUAUACAGCCAGAAGCAGAUGCUCGCUCUUAUUGAAAAACGCAACACCAAAUUCACUGAUGCGAUUGAUGCGUUUCUCGUCCGCUGUGAGGACGAGGGGCUCGAGCCUGUAGAGACUUUGGAACAGGAGAAGAAUUUAUUUCUUCCCACGCCUCCUGGUAGCGAGGUAAACACUCCUGCUUUUGCCAAGGCACCUACAACUAUUCCUAAAGAACGCAAAUCUAUCGCGGAAAUUAUCGCCGAGAUCCGAGAGAUGGAGUGGUAUCAUGCUCAGAUCGUCCCGGAAGGGCAUCGAGUAUUUGAUGCGCAAUCUCCUGUUUUCGGUGAUUUGUCAUUUCAACUGUCACAAGACCUUGUCAACGCGCUCUACAAUACGAAAGGCAUCACACAGCUCUACUCUCACCAGGCCGAGGCAAUCAAUCAUCUAUACGAAGGUCACAAUGUGAUUGUAUCUACCUCAACAAGCUCGGGAAAGUCACUCAUCUACCAGAUCCCCAUGCUUCACGAACUGGAAAAAGAUCCUGACAGUAGGGGCAUGUAUAUCUUCCCUACCAAAGCCCUGGCUCAAGACCAACGACGCAGCAUGAUGGAUCUGUUGCGGUUCAUGGACGGCUUUCAGCAAACGAUAGUGGAAACCUUCGAUGGAGAUACGCCGAUGGGUAGCAGAAAUGUCAUCCGGGAUGAGGCUCGCAUCAUCUUCACUAAUCCCGACAUGCUACACAUCACCAUCCUCCCACAGGAAAGUGCCUGGCGCACUUUUUUGAAGAACUUGAAGUUCGUGGUUGUAGAUGAGCUGCAUGUGUACAAUGGCUUGUUCGGGUCCCAUGUAGCAUAUAUCAUGCGACGACUCCGGAGGAUCUGUGCCGCGGUGGGCAAUCGACAUGUCAAGUUCAUAUCCUGCUCCGCUACAGUUGCGAAUCCAGAGCAGCACAUGAAAUCGAUCUUCGGCGUGAAGGAUGUGAAAUUGGUGGAUUAUGAUGGAUCUCCGUCAGGCCGAAAGGAAUUUGUCUGCUGGAAUACACCGUUCAAAGAUCCGGCUGAUCCAACCUCUGGGCGCGGUGAUAGCGUCGCUGAGACUGCACGUCUGUUCUGUCAAUUAGUUCUUCGAGGAGUCAGGGUGAUUGCUUUUUGCAGAGUACGAAAGCUGUGUGAAAUCCUCUUGCAAGCUGUCCGCAAUGAAUUCCAGGCUCUGGAAAGACCCGAAGUUGGCAAGAUGGUCAUGGGCUAUCGAGGUGGAUACAGUCCACAGGACCGUCGACGGAUUGAAAAGGAGAUGUUCGAAGGGAAAUUAAUGGGAAUCGUGGCAACCAAUGCGUUAGAGCUCGGAGUCGACAUCGGCUCCCUUGAUGCAGUGAUAACGCUUGGUUUUCCAUAUUCAAUCUCUAAUUUGCGACAGCAAAGUGGUCGUGCAGGCCGGCGAAACAAAGACUCGUUGUCUGUGCUGGUUGGGGAGAGAUACCCAACUGACCAGCAUUACAUGCAAAACCCAGACGAGAUUUUCACGCGACCAAAUUGCGAGCUGCAAAUUGACUUGUCCAAUGAGCUCAUUCAGGAGGGACACGUCCAGUGUGCGGCCUUUGAAAUGCCUAUUCGCCCAGACGAAGACUAUGUCUACUUCGGCGAGCAACUAUUCGCCCUUGCCGCUACUCGAUUGAUCAAGGAUAGCAUGGGUUUCUAUCACUGCCAUGACCGGUUCCGGCCCCAGCCAUCGCGGUGCGUGAACAUUCGCGACACAGAGGAUACACACUUUGCCGUGAUCGACACAACGAACAAUCGCAAUGUUGUUCUUGAAGAAGUCGAGGCUUCACGUGCGUUCUUCACCAUCUAUGAAGGUGGCAUCUUCCUACAUCAAGGUCAAACAUACAUUGUCAAGGAGCUCAACCCAGAGCGCCACUUUGCACGCGUGUUGCGCGUUCACGUCGAUUGGAGCACCAUGCAACGUGACUACACAGACAUUGACCCAAUCGAGACCGAGGCCAUGCGUCUCGUCGGUACGGGACACGAUUCCUGCCGCGCCUUUUUCGGCGCUGUGCAAAUCCACGCCGUUGUCUACGGUUUCUUCAAGAUUGACAAGCGCGGCCGUAUUCUCGACGCUGUCGCUGUCGACAAUCCCCCAAUCGACCUGUUCACAAAGGGUAUGUGGCUAAACGUACCCUCGCGAGCCAUCGAUAUACUCGAGUCGCACAGACUCAACGUUGCAGCCGCCAUUCACGCUGCAGAGCACGCGGUCCUCUCACUCCUCCCCUCUUUCGUGAUAUCUUCACCCGGUGACGUCCGCACAGAAUGCAAGGUCGCCAAGAAAGAGAUCAGUAGCGGGCUACGUCGUGCGAAUGCAUCAGGCAAGUCCAACGCAGAACUGGAGAAGAAGAUCCAACCACCAUCCCGCCAGCGACCUGCACGAUUGACCUUCUACGAUGCAAAGGGUGGGUCCUGCGGGUCUGGCAUUGCGAGCAAGGCGUUCGAAUUUAUCGGGUUACUUCUGAGACGGGCAGUCGCUCGCAUCGACUCUUGCUCUUGUCUCUCGCCCCAGGGGUGCAUCGAGUGCGUUUGUGAUGAGCGAUGUAAGGAGAUGAACGUUGUCAUGAGCAAGGCCGGUGCGGGUGUUAUUCUUCGCUGUUUACUAGGGUGGGAGGUAGAUGUUGAUGCUUUGCCUUGGGGCGAGGAUGUGGAGGGGUUGGAAUUGGGUCAUGGCAGUAGUCGGGAAUUGGCCGGUGGGUGGGAGACGGUUGUGAGGGCGAAGGAAGUCCCCUGGAAGGCUGGUUGUGGCCCACAAGAGAAGGAGGACUCCUAA